UUUCUUUUCUUCAAUGGGAGUGGGGUGUUAAAAUCAGCGUUUACUAUGCAGCUUAUUUGAGUUUCUAAAAACUAAUUUUCGUCUUUCUCGCCAAACUACUCUUUAUAAAACCUAACGUUUCCCAUUAUCGUCGGAACCAUCGUCGGCCUCCCUCGCCAUUCAUCACCGAACCAUCCUGCAUCAUUGCCAUUGCACACCUCCCUUAAGAAACCCUAGAUCUGUACUUAUCUAUCGGUCCACCUGUUGUUGCAGAUUCGUCCAAUCUUUGACAAACCCGUUUUGAUUUUGCAUCUUCAAAUGAAGAAGAGCCAGCAAACUGGCCCUGAAUUUGGUUGCUGAUUUCAUCUUCAUCAUUGAAGAUAUGGUUACAAUACGUUUACAAGACAAUUCCUGGCUAUCGGACUGAUUUCGGAUUAUUGCGAGAGGAAAUGGGAACGAGAACAAACUUCUACAAGAACCCUUCUUUUACAUAUAACAAAGAUUUCGACCUCAACUCAGUUCUUCAAAAUCUAAAAGCUUAUAAUGCUGCCACCGGAAAUCCAACUACGCCGGAUGAUGAAUCGGCCUCCAGUAAGGGAAAAGGCCCCUUACAAUCUAACCGCUGCAAGCGGCGGAGGAUUUCACCUUCCAUGGCUAAAAGACACGAAAUUGAAGAAAGUGAUGGACCCAUGUCUCACCAUGAUUAUAUUCAGAAAAUUAGGAAAGAAGCUAAUUCGAUUGAAGCCUUUGAGGAAUUAACUAAUAAAGUGUUGGCGGGUGAGGGUGAGGGUUUGGCCUCUGGUGGACGAUUGGUGUUGGGGUAUGACAGUGAUGCAAGUAGUGAUUUCUCAGAAAGAGAAGAAACCAUGGAUCCUCUUCCUGAAAGUGCUGGAAAUAUAAACAGUGGCAAUGACGUAAUAACAGAAAGAAGGUCACAGCGGUUUCCUAUUCCUGGAGAGCCUGUAUGUGUGGUGUGUGGCAAAUAUGGGGAAUAUAUAUGUGAUGAGACUGAUGAUGAUAUCUGCAGCAUGGAUUGCAAAGCUGAGCUUUUGGACAAUCUAAAAAAUUCUCAGGGGCCUCCAACUCCAAGCAACCAAAUAUUAGUUAAGGGACCUAAAUUUCAAUUGCAAGUUUCUGAAACUGACACUUGGGAUUUCAACCGUCAUCGCUGGUCAACAAAGAGAUCUAUUCUAUCUUCAUAUCAAUGUUGGAAAUGUAAAAAAGCCGGUCAUCUUGCUGAAGAUUGUUUAGUCAUCAUGGAAUCAAAUCCUCAAUCUUUAUCCUCUGCUCAUCAGGCAUCAAGUGUUAUACCUAAGGAUCUUCUUGAACUAUAUAAAAGAUGCCACAAAAUGGGGAAGAAAUACACAGGGGCCGGAUGUAAUGCCUGCAAUAGUUUGUCUAGUUUGGGGGCGUGCCUUGAUUGUAGAAUAACAUUAUGUGAUAGUGGAGGGCACGUGGUGGAGCAUAUCCAAACACACCCUUCCCAUACCAAGUACUACUCUUUCAAGCUCAACCGUCUUGUUAAAUGCUGUAAAUCAAGUUGUAAGGUGACUGAUAUAAAGGAUCUUCUUGCUUGUCACUUUUGCUUCGAUAAAGCAUUCGACAAGUUUUAUGACAUGUACAACGCAACCUGGAAAGCAGCAGGAAUUUCUAUCAUCGCUGGCUCCAUUUGUUGUGAAGAUCACUUUGCUUGGCAUCGGAUGAAUUGCUUGAAUGCGGGUGUGGAAGAUAGUGCCUAUAUUUUUAAAAAGCACAACAUGCACAUGGGGAGUCAGAAGCGAUCUCAGUUGAGUGAUUUCAUAUUCUAAAACCAUGCAUUCAUGUUCAGGAAUGAAAUGGUAUGGAUGUUGUAAUAUUUUAGAGAGAAUUAAUUGAAAAAAAGAAUUUUGAUACUCUUAUUAUUUUGGAUCCAAAUCAGAUAUUGAAUACCUAGCUAGUCCUUAA